ACCUCCCACUGCAUUAUGCUGUCAUGAUGGUUGGCGACAAUGUACGUCAGAGUUCUCUGUUCAGGAGGCGCUCUAUUGAAAAUCGCAACUCUUAUUAGAGUUGAUUAUCACCAGAUACACAGUAGCCAGGGAUCAACUCAGCUCCAGCAAACGUGUAAACAUUUCUUGCCACCGCAUGUAUGGACCAGUCGGGGCUGAGAUCAGCGCCUGGAUCUGCUGGGGAGACUGCAGCAGUCUCAGGGACAGUCUGCUCUCCUGGCGGGAGCCGACAGAUGACCAGGAGCAGUACAGCGCUGUGGAUACCAACCCACUCUCUCUGUAUAUCAUGCAUCCGUUUUGGAACACUAUAGUAAAGGUAUUUCCUACUUGGUUGGCUCCCAAUCUGAUAACCUUUUCUGGAUUUCUGUUGGUUGUAUUCAAUUUUCUAUUUAUGGCCUACUUUGAUCCCGACUUCUAUGCUUCAGCACCAGGUCAUGAGCAUGUGCCUGACUGGGUCUGGAUUGUAGUGGGCAUCCUCAACUUCAUAGCCUACACUCUCGAUGGUGUGGAUGGAAAGCAAGCCCGAAGAACCAACUCCAGCACACCCCUAGGGGAGCUUUUUGAUCAUGGCCUGGAUAGUUGGUCAUGUGUUUACUUUGUUGUAACUGUGUAUUCCAUCUUUGGACGAGGGUCAACUGGAGUCAGUGUUUUUGUUCUUUAUCUACUGCUAUGGGUGGUUUUAUUUUCUUUCAUCCUGUCCCACUGGGAAAAAUACAACACAGGAAUUCUUUUCCUGCCGUGGGGAUAUGACAUUAGCCAGGUGACAAUUUCUUUUGUCUACAUAGUGACUGCGGUUGUGGGAGUUGAGGCCUGGUAUGAACCUUUCCUGUUUAAUUUCUUAUAUAGAGACCUAUUCACUGCAAUGAUUAUUGGUUGUGCUUUGUGUGUGACUCUUCCAAUGAGUUUGUUAAACUUUUUCAGAAGCUAUAAAAAUAACACCUUGAAACACAAUUCCGUCUAUGAAGCUAUGAUUCCCUUCUUUUCUCCAUGUUUGCUGUUCAUUUUGUCUACAGUAUGGAUCCUCCGGUCACCUUCGGACAUUUUAGAGCUGCAUCCUAGAAUUUUCUACUUUAUGGUUGGAACAGCCUUUGCUAAUAUCACAUGUCAGCUGAUUGUUUGUCAAAUGAGCAGUACCCGUUGCCCAACUUUGAACUGGUUGCUGAUUCCUCUCUUCUUGGUUGUCAUGGCAGUAAACUUAGGAGUAGCCUCUCACAUCGAGAGCAUUCUCCUGUAUACAUUAACAACUACCUUCACUCUGGCCCACAUCCAUUAUGGAGUACGCGUGGUGAAGCAGCUGAGCAGUCAUUUUCAGAUUUACCCUUUCUCCUUGAGGAAACCAAACUCAGAUUGACUAGGAAUGGAAGCAAAGAACAGUGUCGUGUAACCUACCGAAGGAAGUACUGUAAAUAGAUGCUUGUAAAUAUUUCAUCCAUCACCAUUGAACUAAACUGAUCUGCUUGACAGGCGUGGGAUCUCGGUGUGUUUGGUAUCUGGACAGCAGGAGUGAAACAUGAUCUGAACUUGUAGAAUCGUGGACUAACGACCAGCUUAUUUUCAUUGUUUGUUUUUUU